AUGAAAUUUAUCAAAGAAAUAAAAGUCAACGAUCUAAUAGAAUUUGAUGAAUCUGAUCAGAUAAACAAAAGGGAACCUGAAAACAUAUUUGAUGCAUUUAUUAAAGAAGAUUUGAUUAACUUUGAAUAUGCUGCAGAGGAGUUAGUAAUGAAUAAUAAUAGUGGAAAAGUAAAUGAUACUAGAAUUAAAAGAGUAAAUGAAGUUGUAAAUUCAUUGGUAUACAAACUUUAG